GCGGUGUGCCCGAGCGGUGAUGGUGAGAGUGCGCGAGUGUCUGUGUACUCGUACCGACUGGGAUUCAUGUGGUUGCUACCUUUACCUGGGAUAUAUUUAAGGAGGGGUGAACGAGGAGGCCGAAUGGGGCAGCCCGGGGAUGCUCAGGUGGCUGACUGGGACCCAUCGCAAGUCCCGGGAUUGGGUUACUGACGACCCUCUAGCGACCAUUGCUGUACACCGACCAUCCCAAGUAUACGCCGUCACAAGAGUAAAUCCUAUAUUCAUAGAAGAAGACGUCCGCAGGAAAGGCACGUUUCUCUGCUCCGGCACUGGUGGAGGGGGCGGUAAGUCCGGCAGUUCGGGAUACGAGAGUCAGCGGUCCAGCUGCGCCUGGAGCGGAGAAGAGGCGGCAGACCACAUCCUGGAGAACCCGGCCCUCGCGAAGAGUAUCCUAAUUGCUGGAGUGGCGAGAGGCGGGGUGCUCACCACGAUCCCAGAGGGCAGAGUCGACUACUGCAUCCCGCGACCGAUCUGGCCCCGGUAUGAGGACAGGCAGAGGAAGCCGCCCGCCGUGCGCGUUGACGGCGACCCCGGCAGAUCUCAUAGAAAGAUGCGGAAGACCGGAAGGAAGAUGCGGAUGGAAGAGAGAUCACCCUACGACCUCCUCCGUGAACUUUCAGAAACCAUCAAUCUCGCUGUGGAUCAAAAUAAGGAAAUACCCGCCGAAGAAAUUCUUCGCGACAUCGGCAAUAAGAUCAAUAAAAGCCUCGAUGCUUUCGCAUCACACAAUUUAUCUUCUGGGAGGCUCGACUCGGAGAAGUUGGCUACGAACAAGAUCUCAUCAGAAAGGUUGUCUUCGGAAAACGCUAUCAGCAGAUUAUCGGUGAGUUUGAAAAGAGGUGAGCCUGCAGCUGCUGUCGGCGGGGCCUUCAGUCACUCCGGGUCCAGUGGUAGCGACUGUGACCUGGAGGCUGGAAGACUCUCCCUUCUCAAGCGUUUGGGCAGAUUCCCUCCUGGAGAACCUCUCUAUGACCUCGCGCAAGGGUCUACGUCGUCUUCCAGCAGUGGAUUCUCUGACCUCACCCCCACGCCUCCCUCGUCAGCCUCCUCUCGCCCAUUCGGUCCCGUGUUCCUUCACGAGAACCCGGCCAGCGUGCCUACCAGGAUGCGCAACGCCAUGAUCUACGAGAGCCUCCAAUGUCGCUCGCCCGGUGGUUAUGAGAAGCUCAGGGCAGAGCAGAGAGUGGAUUUGGACAAUCAGUGGACCGUCUGCGAGAAGAAUACUGCAGCCGACACAGCCGAAAAGGAUAUUUGUGUGUUUCCCGGCCUCCGUUCUCCCGACUUCACCCUGGACGGGCAGCAGGCGGAGGUGUUGAUGCGGAGACUCGCGGCGAGCAAGCGGCAGCGUUGUUGGUGUCGUCUGCUCACCACCGCUCUCGGCUUCUUCUUCUUCAUCUUCUCUGUGGUGGUGGUCAGCAUGAUGUUGACCAAAGGGAAAACGCAUGUUCGGUUCUCUCUGACUUCGGUGAUAUUACGUUAGUGUCUAGCACAGACUGUGAUGUGAUGUAAAUAACUGUUCAAGUUCAGUGUUAGUGUAAGAUACAUUUAUCAUGAUCAAAGCUUUGAUUGGUUAGAACUGAACUGUUGUACAUUUAAUUAAGUAACCGGAAACAAUCUUUUUACUUUUCUUUUGUUUCAGUGACCUGACUAAUUAAAAAAAAAACUUUUAGCAUGUCUAUUUCAAAAAAUUACUAUUACAGCUUAUUCAUUUAGGCUCAAAAUGUGUAAAUUUAUCAUGUUUCAUAAAGUUGUGUUUUAAUUUUGUGAUACCAGUACAAAUUUAAACAAGUUCUUGUUGCUAAUAUUCAAUGAAAAGCCUUAAAUAAAAAUGUUAACUUUAACAUUUUUAAUUGUUUUAAAAACAAUAAAUCCACGAUAAAUAAUAAAUUGUUAUUAUUUGUUAUAAACUAAUAUUGUAUAUCAAAAAUCUGAUAAAAUUAAUUAGUCAUUAAUUAAUGUUUUCAAAUUCACGAAUUGCUAAAAAUUUAUGUUCAUUUUAAUAGUAAGCAAAACAGAAAAUUUCAAAACUUUGCACAACUGAAAUAAAUUAGUCUCGGGCUAAGUGACUAGGAUACAAUGACUAGAUUUUUUAUUAAAUUUAAUCUAUCUAUGAAGAUUUAGUUAAAGACUUGUAAUAGGCUAUUAUAAUGCAUACUUAAUACAUAGUACUUAAUACUAAGGUUUGACACCAAACAGGCUAUAAACAGCCAUCCCAUACAAACAGCUUUUUUGUACAGACAUUUUUUGUACAGACACCUACUUUGUACAAACAGCUGUCUCUUACAAAACCAUGUUUGAUACAAAACAGCUACUCUACAAACAGUGCCCCUAUGUAGCCACUAUGAAUAGCUAUUCAAUACAAACAGCCAUAUGAUACAAAGUGUUUGUAUACCGGUACCGCCAUUAUAAACAGCUAUUCUAUACAAACAGCUGCUCAAUGUAAUUAAUUUGCAAUAAAGAUGUCGGUAAGGCUUAUAUAUAUAUAUAUAUAUAUAUAUAUAUAUAUAUAUAUAUAUAUAAUAUCGUAUAUAUAUAUUUGAUAAAACACAAGUCUAAUGUAUACAACUGUCUUGGUAUACUCUAUUAGUUUAUAGAACAAGCCCAGACUCAUACCAAGUCUUUAAGAGCUAAUGGAUAUUGAUAAGUUUUAGAAUUAAAAACUUUAAAACUUACACUGUUAAUCAUCUGAACUAUUAGCAACUAAUGUAGAUAGAAAGAAUUUAAGGUAAUAGUAUACUUUAAAACACCUUCAAUUUAAGCGACAACCUGUGGUGUUACAAAAUCUUAAAACUGAUUUAACAGUCCUAGAGUAUAGGUACUCAUUAGAAAUGUAAGACUGCUGCAUCAGGCAGUGAAACAGAAGUAAAAUUGAAUAUGGAUCAUUUAGUAAUUUGCUCAUGAUUGAUUGUUUGAACUGAGAGUGUGAGUUAAGGAAAUUGUAAAUAAUUGUUAGUUACCAGUACGUUACCACAUCAGCAGUUCCACAUUCAAUACCACAUCAACUACUAACACUUACUUUACAAAAGUACCUACAAUACAAUACUAAAACUAGACAUGUUUAGUGAUAAUAUACAGCCUACAAAACAACUCAAAAUAUGCUUCCCUCUACAGCAAGUUUAGUGUAAAAGUGGUAAAUGAAAUUCUGUAUUUUCCAAAACAAUACAAAUUUGGAUAACUAGGACAAGAUAUUCCAAUACAUCAUUUCAAAUUUUCAUUUAGAAACACUAGAUCUCUAUUAUUUAUGGCAGUCGUCUAUCAAUGGGCUCUUAUUUAGAAAAAUCACAAUUUUUUCAAAUUUUCCUCAAGAAUUAUUUAUCAUUUUGAUUAUUAAAUAAUUUUUAUGAUAAAUUAAUUGUUUUAAUAACUAUUUUGAUACUUAUUUCUUCAAUGAAUAUUUCCUAUCAAAAGGAUUCCCUAAUCAAUAUUUAAAAUAAAUCAUUAAUUCACUUUCCCUUUUAAUUGAAAAAAGUAAGACUAAACUAUAUAACAAUUAAAGUCCAGUUAUAAAUCUAUAAUGUAAAACUAAUUUUAUUUUAUUGAAUUAAAAAUUAUAUUUUUAUCAUUAUAGUGCUAACACACGACAACAUAGUUCAUAGAACACUGGUUAAGCUGUUUUCAUAUUUAUGGUUUUUCUCUUAUCUACAAUCUUCUUCAGUCUGAAUAAUUUAGAUUACUCUACAAUAAUAGACACAUUAUAUACAUUCCCAUUACUAUUUGAUACUUACUUAUUUGUAGCAGUUACAUGCAACAUUGUGUAUAUAGUUCAUAUGAGUUCAACAGUAGUAUGGUAUCUUGUGUAUGAAUGACAGAAUGAAUGUGAAUAUCUCAUUUACUUUACAUAACUUUAUUAUUAUUUUUAAUUAGCUAUUAAAAGUAUUUAAAAAUGUAAAUUUUGUAAAAAGUGUCUUAAUAAUAUCGUAUUUAAAAUCA